AUGGAGCAGCGGCUGCGGGUGCUCCAAGCUCUGGCUUCCAGUCCAAUGCUGGCUCCCACGCUCGGGCCUCUCUGCAGCCCAGCAGGCUCGCCGACCUCCCACCUAGCGUGUUUGCACACGGACCACCAGGCUGAGAGAUGUCACGUGCAACAUACUCAAGCUGCUCAGGAUGGGAGCCCUCUGGCCUCCAGUUCUGCCCCUCCAGAGGCUGUCUCUGAGCAGAGAACCAGGAGGAUGAGAGGCCAGAAGAGGAAGAGACUGAUGGAUGUCAAGGGAGGUGUGGUGUCCUCAGCUCCCUUGGCCCUGAAGAGAACAUCAGCCGCCCAGGACAGCAGCGCCCUGGCCUCCAAACCCACCUCCUCGGAAGUCGUCUCCAAGCUGAAGUCCUGGAAGAAGCGCAGUCAGAGGAGGAACAUGUGGACCGUCACUCAUGUUGAGGGAACGAAACUCAGGAUCAACAAGAGAAGAUCCAGUUAUCGUGCAGAAGACCAAGAGGCCUUCUACCGGCUUCUGGAGGACCCUGUUAUCCAGAGCUUCUUGAAAGCUGAUAGUUUCCUGCAAGUGUCUGACAAGUACCUGCUCUCCAUGGUGGUGGAGUACUUCGGCCGUGUCGGGCUGCCUGGUCACCUCUACAACAGGAUCCACUUCUUCCUGGCCCUCUACAUCGCCUCCGACAUGGAGGAGGACAACCCCACGGCCAAGCAGAACAUCUUCCCGUUCCUGCUGGGCAGAGAGCACUGGCAGCACCUCUACAAGAAGUUCCUCCAGCUGAAGGUGGAAUUCUUCUGUGCCAUGGAGUACCGAGCCUGGGUCACCCGGGAAUUGUGUGAGGAGAUCCAGGCCCAGAACCCACAUCACUGGGUCUGGAGUCGGGUGCGCCCUGGCGCCCCCUAG